AUGAACGAAUACCGUCGGUCCAACAUGAAACAGCUACAGAUCCUCAUCUACCUGCUCCUGCCGGGUUUCAACGAAGCCAUUGGGAUCCUCGACACUCCCCGAGACGUGCACUCGCGAUCCAGCCGAGAAGAAGCUCUUCUGGGGUGGGUCUUGCGAGGACUGCAGGGCGGGUACUACUCCGUCGUCUAUCGAGAUGCAUGGCCGGAUGCCCGGGACGGGCUGAGUAUGGAGGUGACCCACGAUGCGGCCACGGUUGAACUCGGUAUGAAUGAAGGGAGGGUUCCCCGAGUGGACCCAGAUGCCUGGGAUAAAGACUCGGUCUUACAGCAUGCUUUCAUCUUUGUCUCUCGCAAUAGCCGGCUCGUCAACAAGGUCAGUCGCUCUAAGGGGCGUCAGUUGGCGUUCUUGAUUGGGAUGGGGACAAUGGGGGCAACGGGGGCAGUGGGGCACUUUCGCUCCGUAGGGUUGGUGACUGAGGGGCGUCAGUUGGCGUUCUUGAUUGGGAUGGGGACAAUGGGGGCAACGGGGGCAGUGGGGCACUUUCGCUCCGUAGGGUUGGUGACUGAGAUCUUGGCUUCUAAUCUUGAGCUUCUGAAUGGACCAUCAAAGGCUUUCGUUUACUUGGGGAACCUGACUAAAUCCAUGGUGAAAUCCUACUAUUCGGCCUUCCCGGGGAAGAACCUCUACUUUUUCGGAUACAUGGCCCUGCCAGGCAGAAACGCCAGUUCCUCAGCCCUGUCCUUCCGUGUCUACAGCCGCUGCCUCUACUGUCAAAACGGGAAACCUAAGGUGUUCCUCGUCGACAAUAUCUCCAGUGUACGAGAUGACAUCCUGCAGUCAAAGAUGGUAUCCCCGCCUUCUAGCUUCACUGGGAAUUUUCACGGAGCGAGAAAUGCGACCAUGAUGAUACCAGAAGAUUCUGCCCGUAUCUGGCCCCAAGGACACCCUGACUGCACGCAGCACACCCAAGCACCUGCACGCGACACACCCAAGCACCUGCGCACAGCACACCCAAGCACCUCUGCACGGCUCACCCAAGUGAGCGACUGCAAGGGAAGCUCCCUUGCCAUUCUGCCUCCACGCUCUGUAGACCGCAACGGCCGAGGCCGGCUUCGGCUGUCCGGAUGGAUCCGGGUGCCAAGAAUAUUGCCAGGGCGUGCCGGGAAAAACGAGAGGGAAAUGCGGUGGCGCGUUCAGGAAGAAUUGCAACUGCCUCUAGAAAUCUGCACUACGAUGCAUCUCCUAAAACGUAUCGUCGAAGAGACACCUCCGGAAACACACCCGAGACCCAGAGUAAUUCGGGCAGUGGGAACGGAGUUCACGCAGUGGGUGAGCAUAGCAUCUCCAAUCAAUAUAUCACGGGAUCCAUUUUCGGUCGACAUGGUUCAGGAACAUAACAGGUACCAGAAAACUCAGUUGGAUCUGGAAUUGGGGUGCAAAUACGUGGCUGCACAGGUCAACGCCCAAGUGCCAUACUGCGACGUCAUCUUGAAGGUAGAAGAUACCGUGUUUUUCAGUAGCAGGCUCAUCUUGGGGGCGUGGUCACCCUAUUUCCACCGGAUGUUCACCUCAGGGACUAAAGAGUCCACCGAGAGAGAGCUGCAUCUCCAGGGUGUCUCCAAGAUCGGUUUCAGGGGAGUGUGGGAGUUUCUCCAUAGCUCGGAAUUCUUCAUGGAUGGCGAGGACGGGACUCUAGCCAUCCUCCACGAUGCACAAUUUCUGGAAAUUCAACAUCUCUGUUCCAUCGUCUCGAGGCAAAUCAGUCAAAUCCUAAAGCCCCGCAAUGCCUUUCUCUUCCUCCGCAAAGCUGAGGAACUGGGCCAGAAGGACUUGGAAGAAGGAAUUCUUAGAUUCAUGGCUGGCUGUUUCAAUGAAAUCGUGACCAUGCCAGAGUUCCUUCACAUGACCUUGGAAUCACUAAAGAGCCUUCUCCAUCGAAAUGAAUUGGAAGUCAAAACGGAAGAUGAAGUUUUCGAGGCAUCCAGGCGCUGGAUCGAAUACGAUCCCGACCGGAAAGGAUUCUGGCCGGAGAUUCUGGCGGAGUUCGACUUCCCCUUCUCUCCUUCGACUUUCUCAAAAGAAACGUGA